AGGAGCUGACCUUCGCUUCCUACCCUAGAGUACACCCUGCUUCCCUCCUUCUUCGUAUCUGUCUCCUCUCAGCAUCGUCUCUUCUGCCAAAUCCCAAUCUUUGUGAGAAGAAAGGAGCAAUGGACCCUCACGGCCAUCACGACCUCGACGUCGGUCUCGGCCGGAUGAGUCUCGCCUCCAAGCCCUCCGCAUCCUCCGCCCCAAGUCGGAUUAGUAAACAAUACCUGCAUGGCUCUACCACCUCUACCACCUCUUCUUCUCAACAACAACAACAGCAGCAGCAAAGGUCAUUCUUACCUAGCUCGGCUGGUGCUGCAGCGGGAAGCAGGGCGGGAGGAGGAAUGAGCUAUUUUGGUAGUGGGGCGACAGGCUCUUCUUCAAGUACCAAGACGACUGGAGGCACAGGUACAGGUCAGGACAGAGGACCUCUGAAUCGUCUUGGUGCAGUAGCAAACAUGCAGAGCGUCGGUACCUCUGCCUCUGCAUCGGGUACAGGCAAGCUGGACCGGAAGAUGAGCACCGAUCGGCUCAACUCGCAAGUCUCUGCUGGUUCCGCUGGAUCUACUCAGGCUAGCUCGCGAAGUGUGGCAGGAGGGGUGCCAACUGUUGAUGUCGGGAGAUAUGAUGGUGGAUUGGAGAGGGAUGAGAGAAGAGGGAGGAGGACGAUGGAUGCGAGUGAUUCAUUGAAUCUGGAUUCGGCAUUGGCGGGAACGAGUCAUCAGCCAACACGUCAAUGGCACCUCCGCGACUUCGAGCUUGGCCGAGCCCUUGGCAAAGGCAAAUUCGGUCGCGUCUACAUGGCUCGUCUAAAGCCCCCCAACGCUUCGUAUAUCAUCGCGCUGAAGUGCAUGUACAAGAAGGAGCUCAUUGAGGGUCGUCUGGAGAAGCAAGUGCGGCGAGAAAUCGAAAUCCAAAUGAAUCUAAGACAUCCGCAUAUCCUACGCUUGCACGGCUAUUUCCACGAUACGGGUCGGAUCUUCCUCAUGCUCGAAUUUGCGGCAAAGGGAGAGAUGUACAAGUACAUGAACAAGAUUCCCGAUCGUCGCUUUCCCGAGAGGCAAGCAGCGCUGUACAUUGCGCAGAUGAGCGAUGCCCUUGCCUACCUGCACGGCAAGCACAUCAUCCACCGCGAUAUCAAGCCUGAGAAUCUCCUCUUGGGGAUCAAUGGGGAGCUCAAGAUUGGAGAUUUCGGUUGGUCGGUACAUGCACCAGGAAAUAGACGGACGACAAUGUGCGGUACAUUGGACUACCUGCCGCCGGAGAUGGUCGAGGCGCAGACGCAUGGAGAAGGAGUGGACUUGUGGGCACUGGGCGUGCUGACGUACGAGUUCGUCGAGGGAGUGCCGCCAUUUGAGGAGACGGACAGUCAGAACUUGACAUACAGUCGCAUCGCCUCCGUCGACCUGCGUCUCCCCUCGCGCUUCAGCCCCGAGCUAUGCGACCUAAUUCGUCGGCUCAUCAGAAAAGAACCCGACAAGCGCUUACCCCUCAAGGACGUCCUGCGUCACCCAUGGAUCGUGCGAUAUGACCCAGAUGCCAGUGCGCGGGCAUCGGCGCAUGUAGCUAGGACUUCUUGAGCAAGAGUGGGAUUGGAUUGGUCAAAAGGGAGGGUAGAGAGGGAUGAGGCAAUGGGGGGAGGAGGGUAUUGGCCCUACUCUGCUCUGCUCUGCCUUGCUCUCACUCACUCCCUCUCUGCUUUGGUCAAGGGCUUACACGUUUCAUCGCUCUACCCAUCGCUCUGCAUUGUCCUCUCUCGUUACUCGUUUUCGUAUACCAACGCAUUUCCCUUUGACCUCCUUCAGUCUGUGCUUCUCUACCAAUAGCUCACUCGCUCAUUCGCUUCGUCAAUCAGUCAGUAGCUCCCUCUCUCUCUCCCUCUUUCCCACUCCCUUCCUCA